GCGGUCACGCACUCACGCGUGCACCUGCGCUCCCGCGCCCAAUUUGCCUGCCUGCGUGCGUGCCAGGCUCUGUGGUCGCGUGGUCCCACGGAGCGCGAGCAAACGGUCGUCGUUUUCAACCCGGGACACGUCCUGCACCGUCCUGCUGCAACAUGGCGACAGAGUUCCACAACCUUCAGGAGCUGCGGCACAGUGCGUCGCUGGUGACGAAGGUGUUCGUACAGAGAGACUACAGCGACGGAACCGUGUGCCGAUUCCAGAACAAGUUCCCUUCGGAGCUUGACAACAGGAUUGAGCGAACUUUGCUCGAGGAGACGGUGAAGACACUGAACUCUUAUUAUGUGGAGGCGGAAAAAAUCGGAGGUCAGUCAUACCUGGAAGGAUGUCUGGCUUGUGCAACAGCUUACAUCAUCUUCCUCUGCAUGGAGACACGCUAUGAGAAGGUCCUGAAGAAGAUAUCAAGCUACAUCCAGGAGCAGAAUGAGAAGAUAUACGCUCCUAGAGGUCUGCUGCUCACAGACCCCAUAGAGAGAGGAAUGAGGGUCCUAGAGAUCAGUGUGUUUGAAGACCGAGGCUCGGACGGCUCCAGUCCCAGCAGCAGCAUGUCAUCGGCCAGCAGCGCUCGGUGACUGGAGGAGCAGCACCAGGCAUACGGAUACCACCACAGGGGCAGCGGAACACUCACCAACAUCCGCAUGCUGAAACAUGAGAGCACCAGGUUUUAGGACAAGAAAAAAAGGCGAGGAGGUGAUCCACAGCAUUCACACUCUCCCUGCUGGGGCCUAUAGUGUACCACCUCGAGGAGAGGUGCUGGUUUUUUACAAGCAAACUGGACACGUAACAUAAUAAGUAACACAACAGAACCCACACAUACACUAGGUCUUAUCAGAGUGUCUGUGGGAGAAUAUCUUUCACUCUCUAAAACAAAAUAACCAUCAUUUCUUUUGUUUUUUCGGUUUGGAUUUUCUCUCAUUCCAUCACACCUGUUUCCAUGAGUCAGACCAUCUCCGUGCUGCAGCAGAUUCAUCAGGCGAAACUUUGAUUGGACUGGAUGCCAAUGGCUGAUUGUUUUCUGGAGGGUCACUCCAUCUAUCUGAUGAUCCGCUGGCAGCGCAGCCGUACGUCUGUGCAGCAGCUCUGAAAUCUGAAAGGAGGAAAACUACCAGCCUCUUGGAGACCCGGUGUUCUCCGUUCCCACUGAAUGACUGCAUUUGAGUAAGGUGGUUGAGGUCAGGCUGCUUUGAAUGCUUGCAAAUUGGGCCUUCUGCUGGGUUUGCUUGGUUCUAUGCUCUGCUCGCAUGCAUUUGGCUUCAGUUUCAAACAGAUGACAGAAAGCCCCUUGAUCUCUUUAUCCUUGUCAUUCACAGCAGUGGAUGCUGAUGAUCCACAGCGCAGCUGUAGGUCACACAUACACACCAUUCAUACAAAUGCAUACAACCAGAGACACGGUACUACAGACGCACACCUGUAGCGAGUGGUCAUGCUUUCCUGCACCCAUGCAGAUGUGCUGGAGUUGUCCUAGCCAGACUUUAUUCUCGGUGGUCUAAGCUCAUGUAAGGCCAUGCCAGUUUCCUCCGGACGUUUUGAACGUGUUGUGGGUGUAUUUGCCGUCAAUCCCGGUCUAUUGUGAGACAAAAGCUGGCAGAUCAAUAAGAAGCUGUCAAAGUUCCAGGAUCAGUGUCAUACAUUAGACCGGAAUACACAUAGUUAGUUUAAAGGAAUCUGAAAGAGUGGGGGAGCUUAUCUCUACAGCUGUUUCACGUAUGAAGCAGUUCGGGGCUUCAAUGACAAGUGGGUUUUCAUGUGUGAGUAUAGGUCUGUGCAAGAGAAUCAGCCCACACAGUCUAAUGCCUAAAUCUUUUUCAGUCUGCUGUCAUAUAGAUGCAAAUUAUUUACGCAAAUAAUAAUAAUUAGUAAUAAAACAUAGCGAUUUGGAAUCUGUUGCAUCUGACAUGCACACAUUAACAAAUUAAGAGGUGCAGAUGCACAUUUAAAAAUAAUAUUAACUUGUAUUCUCAGUGGAGGGUGGCACAGUGGUGCGGCGGUUAGCGCGGAUGCCUCGCAGCAAGAAGGAUUCGGGGACUUUCUGUGUGUGGUUUGCAUGUGGGUUCUCUCCAGAUACUCCGGCUUCCUCCCACUGUCCACCAAGACAAACUUGUUAGGUUUGACAAGCUGUGAUUGUAAAUCGGCCGUGGGUGUGAGUGGUUGUCUGUCUCUCUGAGUUAGCCCUGCCAUCAACUGGUGACCUGUCCAAUGCGCACCCCACUGUACAGCUGGGAUAUGCUCCCCCCCCCCUCUCCCCACAACCCUCCAGAGGACAAGCAGUUACACACAAUAAAUGAAUGAGUGUCAGUGGAAAACAGUUGCAGCUCCCUCUAGGGUUAGACUGAGUUCAGACCUCGUGAAGGAGUAAUUAACUUAUUUGAACCAUUUCAGGUUACACAUUGAAACCUAUUCACAGACAACUGCCUCUGCAGCUACAUUAUUUAAUCAUCAGUACGUACAAGAAAGUGCAGCCCGAGGAGCCCAAAUUUUGUCCUCUCUUUUGGGAAAUAGAGCAUCGCAUCUGACUAAUGUGCGUGCGUGUCUGUGGAGGAUGAUGAGAUGAAAGACGAUCAUUAUGUAGCUAGAAUGUUGAUGCCUCCAGAAAGCGUGCCCACACAACGUCUAACAUUAGAAAGGACCGCCGGAAAAAGCUCAAACCCUGUUCCACUGUCUGCAUAUUUUCUUGAUUUUGCCACACUUUUGAUCUUCUUCUUCUUCUGUCUUUUACAUUUCUCAGUUGUGUUUUCAUUGAAGUCGCUCUCAUCUGUUAAUUAACUAAGGGGAUAGUUAGCUACGAGCAGAGCCCUCAGCAGAGCCACUGCCUUUCAACUUUCCUUGUGCAGCUUUUACAGACCAGCGUCGAGUUUAAAUUUAAACUACUAUCCACUGGAAGGUCGUUGUAGACUUCCAUAUCCAGUGGAUGUUUUACUUUCAACGGGACGUUUUAUUACCUGGAAGAAUGAGAUGAACCUACACAGAUAUUUUUCACCACAGCAGUUGAGUUCAGUUGUGCUUGUGUUCAUCCUCCUGUGCUUUUUGAUGCCUUCAUGUUUCAUCCCGGUGGAAUGGAUAUCCAACCUGGCGCUGAAGGACUGACCGAUUAAAAAAAAUGACUCAGCACUGCCAAUAAGCGAAAAAUGGAGCUCAUUGGACAAUGUAUAAAGAAAAAAAAAACAAAAACAGAUUGUAAAUGAACUGUACAGCUUGUCAAUGUUUAUCCACGGUGAGUUUGUCAUUUGUAAAGGAUGGAAAUGCCAUGAAUCUUAUUUAACUACAAAAACGUCUCAGUUGUCCAGUAUAGUCCUGGAAUAAAUGUUGUCCCGUCUGAUUUGAGCAUCAAGUGGAAUUGCAGCUUCAAAGGUAUUUUCUGAAACAAUUGUAAUAUGAUGCGAUGACACGUUGAUAAUGUAGCUUAUGAGAGUGGCUGUUACAGAGACAGAGCAGGUGAUGAUGAUAAUUCUCAGGGGAAAGUGAAACAGAUGUAAAAUGUGCCAAAUUUCUUAAAGGAUAUGUUCACAUUUGUAGCCGUGCUAGCAGCUUUAUGGAGAUUGGUCCUUCAUAUUACAGAUGGAAAUAUUUCAACAACUAUGGGAAGUUCAGUACAGAUGUUCAAUGGGCAGAAAGAAUGAAUCCACUUCCUUUUUUGUGUUAUGUAUCGCUACAGCUACAUGAUGGAUUGGCACAAAAUUCAUAUUCCCAGUCACUGUAUUGUGAUGAGUGUUCUGAUUUAUUAUCAUUUCCAGUGCUACUAGAAGCUUGACAUCAAUGUUUUUCAAUUAAACUUCUCAUGAAGUAUUGGAUGGAUUUCCAUGUAUUUUGAUUCAGAUAUUUAUGCUCCUCUCGGGAUGAGUUGGAAAUAACCUAAACUUCUCAUCCAGUGCCCUAACUGGGUCAGAAUUUUCACUUUGCCAAAUUAACUUUCAUGAGAAGAUGCGCCCUUGUGAGACAGCGUCAUCAAUUACUUAAUGUUUACAUGAACAUGGUAAAAUAUGGUAAGAUAUUACCUCAAAGUAACGUAAUGUCAUAUCACAUUACAGCUUCACAAAGCUCCUAGCAUGGGUAUAGACUCCUGUUUUAGAAAUACUAUAUUGGGAUGUUAAAAUUGACUCAACAAUUUGAACUUAUCCUUUAAAACUGAGGUGAAAAACAAGCGUUGUGUGUCACAUUAUGCUUCAUGUAGCUUGUUAUUUCACAAACGUCUUUGACUAAUGAAGACAGCCAAGGGAGUGGAGCUUAUGAUAAGAUAUAAACACGUGUUCUUGUAAAAAGAUGUGAACGGAUCUGUAGACGUUUGCCUUUAUCAUGUUUUUUUGUUUUAUCAAGAUAACCUCUCUGCCAAAACAUGUCUUUAAGAAGAGAUAUAAAACGUGGGGUGAACAUUGAUGUAUAGUUCAUUUCAGUGUUUUCAUGCCAUGUGUUUAUCUUGUCCUGUGUUUGAGGGUGCGGCGAGCCCAUUCACACGGAAUGAGCAGACACUUUAUAUAUUUUAUAAAUGACAACUUAAUUAGUAGUGCAAUAUGAUGUCUUCCUAAAAGUAUAAAGUAUGAUGUGUGAAGUCUUGGUAGCAGCUGUUUUAAAUUUGUUUGAGUGCUGAGUUGUUUUUCUUCAGGGAGACUCAAACCGCAUUGAUGUUUAAUGCUGCAUGAUGUGUCUAUAAACGAAGCAAGUACCAGAAGACCAGAACUGAAAUCCCUGAUCAAAAAAUGUCCCCAGUUAUGCUGCGGAGAAAGAUGAAUUUAUAUUUUAUCUCGAUGCUUAUUCAUGUGUUUACAUUAUUCGAAAUGGAUUUGUGUACGUUUUCUGAAGCUGAUUAUCAUUCAGAGCCCGAGGAGGAGAGUUCGAUGAGAUGAAUAAAGUAUCUGAUGAAGUCGA